CGUCACCCCCCCCCCCAGGAAGGAACAAGAGUGCGCAACGUAUGCCCCGCGCCCCCUCCUCGUCUCCCCUAGCACCUGUCGUCGCCCGCUCUCGCACCUCGUAACCCUAGAAUCCCCAGCUCCGGAGCAAUCGAUCCUCACGGCGGCUCCUGUCCAACGACCUGGGUGGCGGCCAUGUAUGUCCAUCUCUCAUUCGGCUUCCUCUUCCCCUCGUCGUGGGAGAUCGUGGUCACCGUCUCCGCGGCGCUACUCGUGAUCGUGUUCUACUCCCUCUGGGGAAAUUUCCCCUCCGGCGGCAACGGAGGCGAGGACGAGAUGCCACUUGGCGGGGACGACCCCCCGUUGGCCGCCAGAGAGCUUCUGCUACGUCAAUCGGUUGUUAAGGACAAGAUGAGCCAUAUUAAAGUUGAUACUCAAGGUACUCCUGCGUAUGUAGUCAAGCUAGAGCUAUUGGCUGCAAAAAACUUAGUUGGUGCUAACUUGAACGGGACAUCUGAUCCUUAUGCAAUAAUUACAUGUGGUGAACAAAAGCGAUUUAGCUCCAUGGUUCCUGGCUCAAGAAAUCCAAUAUGGGGGGAGGAAUUUAAUUUUUUUGCUGAUAUACUUCCUGUUCAGAUUAUUGUAACAAUAUAUGACUGGGAUAUAAUAUGGAAAAGCACUGUUCUUGGAUCUGUUACUGUUCCAGUUGAAAGUGAAGGUCAAACUGGAGCGCUUUGGUACACUUUAGAUAGUACAUCAGGACAGGUCUGUCUUCAUAUUAAAACAACAAAGCUACAAGCAAGUUUUGCCAGAGCUUUGAAUGGCUAUGCUGGAGCUGAUGCUCGAAGAAGAUUGUCUUUGGAUCAACAAGUCCCUACCUUAGUCCAUCAAAAACCAGGGCCUCUGCAGACCAUAUUUGAACUUCCUCCUGAUGAGGUUGCUGACCAUAGUUAUUCAUGUGCUCUUGAAAGAUCUUUUCUGUACCAUGGACGUAUGUAUGUGUCUGCAUGGCACAUCUGCUUCCACUCCAAUGUAUUUUCUAAGCAAAUAAAGGUGGUUAUUUCUUUUGGAGACAUUGCUGAGAUACGAAGAAGCCAGCAUGCAGUUAUCAACCCUGCAAUUACAAUAAUUCUUCGAAUGGGAGCUGGUGGACAUGGUGUGCCUCCUUUAGGAAGUCCAGAUGGGAGAGUCAGAUACAAGUUUGCAUCAUUUUGGAACAGAAAUCAUACUUUAAGAGCUUUGCAACGGACAGAUAAGAACUUUCAUGCAUCAAUAGAAGCUGAGAAGAAGGAACGUGCACACAGCAGCUCUGUGAGAGAUAGUGGGAGACAAAUAGAAGUUCCAAAUGAGAGUGUUGUCGAGACUGGAAAGUUCCAAGCUUUUAUAAACGAAGAAGUUCUAGUUGGCAUAGUCAAUGAAAAUUUCCCCUGCACAGCAGAGGAGUUCUUUUCUGAAUUGUUGAAUGAUGACUCAAAGUUUAUUGCUGAAUAUCGUUCAGCAAGAAAAGAUACCAAUCUGAGUUUGGGCAAGUGGCAUGUUGCUGAUGAAUAUGAUGGUCAAGUCAGAGAAAUAACCUUCAGAUCAUUGUGCCAUAGCCCCAUGUGUCCUCCAGACACCGCCAUGACAGAGUUACAGCAUGUUGUUCUGUCCCCUGAUAAGAGAACACUGGUCUUUGAGACUGUGCAACAGGUGCAUGAUAUUCUAUUUGGUUCUAACUUUGAGGUACAUUGUAGGUGGUCAAUGAAUACAAUCUCAGACUCUUCCUGUACUAUUGAUAUCCGAGUUGGUGCACAUUUCAAGAAGUGGUGCAUCAUGCAGUCUAAGAUAAAAGCUGGAGCUGUUGAAGAGUACAAGAAAGAGGUGGCACAAAUGUUAGAGAUUGCACGCUCAUAUCUUGGCAAGGCAGGUUCCAGCCAGGAAAAGGUCGAGGCAUCAGAAACUCCAUUAGCUCUCAGUUAGUCGAAAGUAAUGGGUCAGAUAACAGGUCUGCCUACUUACAGAAAAUUGCGCCUCUCAGCGGGUUCCAUUCUUUGUCAUUGUAACUGUAACAUGCACAGGAAUCUAUGCUUUUUGUUCAUGCCACCCUUCAUGCAAGUGAAAUAGUGGUGUCUUCUUUUAUACAGAUAUGAGCAAACUUUUGUAUAAUGUUGAUUUAUUAUCAAAUACAGAGGACUCUUUUUCUUUUCAUUUUU